AUGGGCCUUUUCUCCAAGACCCAGACGACGAGCGAGCUACCUGUCAAGGAGACAGACGUCGAAUCCAGCGCCACUUCUGCACAACCUAGCAAAGGCCCUUCGAUCAACGAUCUAAGCGACGACACUAGGGAAGCUAGCAACAUGACUGAGAAGGGUGCUGACGGUGCGGACGGCCUCACCAAGGCGAAGAGCAAUGCCGUGUCAGAAGACUAUGAGACUGUCAACCAUGUUACCGGGUUAAAGCUUGCAGUCAUCGUGACUGGCCUGUGUCUCUCUGUCCUUCUCGUCGCUUUGGACAACACCAUUAUUGCUACCGCCAUUCCCAAGAUCACUGAUCAGUUCCAUGCGCUCGAAGAUAUUGGCUGGUACGGAAGUUCGUAUCUGCUCACUAUCUGUGCCUUUCAGUUGAUUUUUGGCAAAAUCUAUACUUUCUUCCCUGUCAAAUGGGUCUUCUUGAUUGCCAUCACCAUUUUCGAAAUUGGCUCCGCCAUCUGCGGUGCUGCGCCUAACUCGACCGCCCUUAUUAUCGGCCGUGCAGUUGCCGGCAUUGGCUCCGCCGGUAUUUUCUCCGGCGCCCUGAUUAUCAUUGCAUACUCCAUCCCGUUGGAAAAGAGACCAGCGUACACCGGAGCUAUUGGAGGAAUGUACGGUAUUGCCUCUGUGGCAGGUCCCCUAAUGGGUGGUGCUUUUACCGACCACAUCUCUUGGAGGUGGUGCUUCUACAUUAACCUCCCAAUCGGCGCUGUUACCAUUCUCUCCAUUCUCAUCUUCCUGAAGCAUCCCAAGCAGAAGCUCGACAACAAUCAGACAUGGAAAGCUCGUCUUUUGAAGCUCGAUCCUAUCGGAACCGCUUUCUUCAUGCCCAGUAUCAUCUGUCUCCUACUCGCUCUUCAGUGGGGUGGUACCAAGUACCCAUGGAACAACGGCCGCAUUAUCGCCCUCUUCGUCGUUUUUGCCGUCCUCAUUUCAGGUUUUAUCUAUUUCCAGAUUCGAGGUGGCGACUCGGCCACUGUUCCUCCGCGCAUCCUGAAGAAGCGUAGCAUUGCAUCAGGCGCAUUCUUCCUUUUCACCAUUGGAAGUGCUUUCUUCAUCAUGGUCUACUACCUCCCCAUCUGGUUCCAGGCAAUCAAGGGUGCUAGUGCUACCAGCUCUGGUAUCAUGAACAUCCCCAUGGUUCUGUCUCUUGUUGUUCUCUCAAUCGCGUCCGGUAUCACCGUCACUGCUAUCGGCUACUACGCUCCUCUUUACUAUGUCUCUACCGUCCUCACUUCUAUUGGUGCUGGCCUCCUUACCACCUUCACUACUGAAACUAGCAAAGGCAAAUGGAUCGGUUACCAGAUCAUCUUUGGUGCUGGUGUUGGCACUGGUCUCCAACUUUCCAUCAUUGCUGCCCAGGCUGUCCUUCCACUUGAAGACGUUGCCGUUGGAACCGUCAUCAUGAUGUUUUGCCAGACGCUUGGAGGUGCCCUCUUUGUCUCAGUCGGCCAGAACGUCUUUACCAACCUCCUUGUUAAAGGUGUCGUUAAUGCUGCUCCCGGUCUUGACCCCCAGGUCGUCCUUAGAGUUGGAGCCACCCAGUUGAAGAACAUGAUUCCGCCCCAGUUCCUCGAUGGUGUUCAGGUUGCAUACAACGACGCUCUGACCAAGACUUGGUACGUCGCCACAGCCCUUGCGGCUCUCAGCGUUAUCGGUUCCGUCGGUAUGGAAUGGAAGAGCGUCAAGGGGAAGAAGAUCGAGCCUGCUGCCGCAUAA